CCGCCGCCGUUUGAACAGGGACAUGGCGGCCGGCGCGGGGCAGGCGGUGCUGCCCGAGGAAUGGCGGCUGUACCUCGUCUCCUCCCGAGUCGCCACCUUCCGCAACUGGCCCUUCACCGAGGGCUGCGCCUGCACGCCCGAGCGGAUGGCGGCAGCGGGUUUCGUGCACUGCCCCAGCGAGAACAGCCCCGACGUGGCGCAGUGCUUCUUCUGCCUCAAGGAGCUGGAGGGGUGGGAGCCCGACGACGAUCCCCUGGAGGAACACAAAAAGCACUCUGCGGGCUGUGGUUUUCUUUCCCUUCCAAAAGAGCCUGCUAACCUGACACUACAGGAGUUCCUGAAGCUGGACAAAAUGCGAAUAAUAAAGGCAAUUAAAAAAGAGAUUUCUCAGAAGAUGACCGAGGUUGAAGAUGCAGCCAAGAGCACACGUUCUAAAAUAAAGAAUCUGGCCUAGACUGCUGCAGCUUCACACUUGCUAGUGACAUCUUUCUUGUAAAUGUACUGUGGCACUGCCACUGUGCCUGAAUGGCUGUGUUUCCCAAGGCUGCUUCCAGACUUGAGAAGCAGGCUGAAUUCUGCUUCACUCACCUGAGUCUGUCUAGGAAGUACCUGUGGUUUGAUAUAUUGCAUACAUAAUCUUUCUCUGCACGGAUUCUCCUAAUCUUUCUGUUGGUUUUAUUAAGGAUUACUACUUGUAGGUUUACUUGUUCUCUUUUUUCUUUUUUUGAAACCCAGCUGUUUAGAGAUAUUGCUGUAUUGUAGAGAUCCUGGUAGCUCUGGUGUUAAAACAUAUUUCUGGCAAGAAUUGACAGGCAUUUCCAUUUUUGUACUGGAUAUACCAAUGCUUUAGGAUACUUUGGGACAUGAAAAGGGGAAGGAUUUUUAAAAAUCCUUCAGGGAUUUAGGAUUGUGGCUAAUAACAUUGCUGUUCUGCCUUCAACUUUUAUCUAUACAUAGAUCAACACGAGGCAGCAGCCAACUACAAGUAGAAGUUUACAAGGAUACCAGGCACACUAAGCUUUGGUAUAAUUCAAAGUAGUUUUACUCGAUUUUCUGGAGGAAAGGAAUCUGACCUUCAAUGCAAUGGGCUGCACUGAAUGCAGUUUUAACAUCAAAAGGGAAAAUAAGAUCAUCAGCCUCAGUGCUGUUGCCCAAGUGUCAAACUUUUUUAAGCAGCAUUCAUUAGGCAUUAAAGACAUUUCAAAGACAUUCAAAUUUAUUUGUGCCUGGGAAGGUUUGGUUUGUCCCUUUCCUUGCACAAGUUUGGAAA